AUGUUUCCUCCAAGCCCAGGCACGCAGCUGGACUUAGAGGCCCUCAGUGGGAUUUUUGGAUCUAUAUCCAUCGCUUGCUGGGUUGUGGUAUUCUCUCCACAGAUUAUAGAGAAUUUUCACCGGGGGUCUGCAGAUGGCCUCUCGUUACUAUUUCUCAUCAUCUGGCUGGCUGGUGAUGUCUUCAAUAUCCUCGGCGCGGUUCUUCAGGGGGUGUUGCCGACUAUGAUCAUCCUGGCCGUCUACUAUACCCUGGCUGAUAUUGUGCUAUUGGGUCAAUGUUUCUAUUACCGGGGCUUCUCCCUAUCCGAUAAAACCCCUGCUCCGAAUUCUACAUUUUUAGAGAAUGGCGAGGCUCAAGACGAACAGACAGCCACCUUGUCGGAGGAAAGGACGCCACUCCUACUCGCAUCGUCUUCACAAAAUGGCAUUUCACAGCGUCGAGGCAGCUCUCCUGAACGUCGCUUAUCUCUUGCUUCGGCAUCUUCAAUUUGUGAUCACUUUGGUCUCAUUGACAGUACACAUCUUUCCCCUGCAGUUCCUCUUGUUCCACCCCCAAAACCGCUCACCCGUACCGUUUCCAAACCAACAACGGCAUUCCAGAAAUUUAUUUGGAAUUUCUUUGCAAUCACUCUGGUUUGUGCUGCCGGCGUACUUGGCUGGUAUGUCAGCAUGCGCUCCGUGGCGCGCAGUAGAAGAUACCCAAAUCCUAACCGCGCUCUUGAUAUUGACGUUCUAGGCCAGAUAUUUGGGUAUCUCUGCGCGGUUCUCUAUCUUGGUAGCCGAAUCCCACAACUCCUGCUGAAUUGGCGCCGGAAGAGCACCGAAGGGGUUUCACUACUAUUCUUUCUGUUUGCGUGCAUAGGCAACCUGACCUACGUUUUAUCUAUAUUUGCAUACUCACCCGUAUGUUCUGGCAGAAAAGGCCAAUGUUUGCCUGGAGAGCGAGAGAGAAUAUAUGGAAGGUAUCUACUUCUUAAUGCCUCAUGGCUACUGGGUAGUUUGGGGACCCUCUGUUUGGAUUUGGGAAUUUUUGCGCAGUUCAUUAUAUAUCGAGAGGAUGAAGACGAAGACCAGGAUGUUUAA